GCCGGAGAAAGGACGGGAUGGAGGGAAGCGGGGAGGGGACGCGCCGGCAGCGCAGGAGAAAUGCCUCACUCCCAAAAGCUGCCGUCCGGCUAAUUACCAUGGGCAAAAAGCAGCAUUUGCAGAAGGAGCAGAGAGCGAGCACACACGUGUGUGUGUAUUGUGUGUGUGUGUGUGCAUGUGUUUGUGCCUGUCCCCGCGUGUCUCCAGCCCGCUGAGCCCUCGCUGCUUUUCCCUCCCCGUCUCCCGGCGCAGCCUGGCCAUUGUCUCUGCCCGCAGCAGCAGGCGACAAAACAUCUCCCGUCCCUGCUGCCGAGGGAUGAGGGCUUUUUUUCCACCCUGUUUUUGGUGGGGGGGUCUUAAGGGCUGUGGAUUUACGGACACCCACGUUUGUAGGUUGCCGUGGGAGAGAAGAGCUGGGUGAGCAGUUGGGUGGGAUUUGGCCGCGGGCAGGGUGGAUCCUAACUUGGGGAUGCGCUCCAGGGCAUUUUGUAACGUGUACCCUCGCCAAAAAAAAAAAAAAAAAAAAUUGUUGCCUUCUUUUUUUUUUUUUUUAAAGGCCUAAACCCUCUAGAUUUAUGUUAAAAAAUAUUUCUCUCUCUUCUUUCCGAUGUAUAAUUAACAACACGAUGGCGUCUCAGCCACUUAAACUGAAUCUGUUCUUGAAACAAAAGUGUGUGUGUGUGCGGGUGCGUGCGGGGGGGGCAGCUCUGGGAAGUGUGAGUCUAUUUAGGAAGGAACGUAAGUUGAACUUUAACAGAAAUGGCAGACAGUCCAGUUGAACGGGUUCCUGCAACAUCAAAAAGGUUUUAUAUCGCCCCUGGCUUUGCCUCAAAACUAUAAAUUUACUAUCCUCUAAAAUUCACUCCAUGCAUUUCACAUUUGGGUGGAAAUCGGGAGAUCUAUGUACAUAUAUAUAUAUUUUUUCAUAUCAGGCGGUAGAAAAAUGAUUCAGACAAAAAAAAAAAAAAAAAGUGGAGCCCAACAAUGCAGAUUCAAGUAUUUAUUUGGCUAUUGCGAAUAAAUAUGAUCUGUAACAUGCACCAGAAAGGUUUUAUCUUCACUGUAAAUAGAUGCAUGUUACAGUGACUGCACGUUUCUUCUGCCAUUCCUUUAAAAAUUACAAAAAAAAAAAAAAAACACAAAAACACCUCUUUUUUCUUCAUUAUUUGCUUAAAAACCCCAACACCAAACUGCAGAACAAAAGCACCAAAGGCAAUCAAUUCUUCGUAUUAGGAAUGUAUAUUAAAUAUAUAUUAAAACGAAAAGGAAAUAUACUUUUCUCCUCCUCUUCUUCUUCUUCUUCUUCUUCUUCUUCUUCUUCUUCUUCUUCUUCUUCUCUCCCUCAAGCAUUGCUUCACCUCGCUUCCAUGCUCCAGCUCAGCAGUCUCUACUUUCUGCAUCUUCCUCUGCUCGAGUUAAUUGAAGUUCUGCCUCUUCCUCGCUAAACUUUUUCCUCCCUCUCCCCAAACUCUGCCUCUGCCAGCCCCCCUCGUCUGAUUACAUCUAGUAAUUCUCCACUGAAUGAACGUCAUUUACAAUAGUAGGGGAGCUCUCGAGCUGGCUGCCAGCUUCACGCUCCAUUUGGUCCUGCAUUCUCCCUUUAAAAUGUUAGUCCACACCUAUUCCGCCAUGGACCGGCAUGAUGGAGUGCCCAGCCACAGUUCCAGGCUGUCCCAGCUGGGAUCCGUCUCACAGGGACCCUACUCCAGCGCUCCUCCGCUCUCUCACACCCCAUCCUCGGAUUUCCAGCCGCCUUAUUUCCCACCCCCCUACCAGCCUCUUCCUUACCACCAAAGCCAGGACCCUUACUCCCAUGUCAAUGACCCCUACUCCCUAAACCCCUUGCAUCAGCCCCAGCAGCACCCCUGGGGACAGAGGCAGAGGCAAGAGGUGGGAUCAGAAACCGGGUCACUGCUGCCACAGCCUCGGGCCGCCCUGCCCCAGCUCUCGGGACUGGACCCCAGGCGGGACUACCACUCAGUACGGAGGCCAGAUGUCCUCCUGCACUCAGCUCACCAUGGCCUUGACUCUGGCAUGGGGGACAGCCUUUCUCUGCAUGGCAUCGGACACCCAGGCAUGGAGGAGGUCCAGUCAGUUGAAGAUGCCAAUAACAGCGGUAUGAACUUAUUGGACCAGUCUGUCAUUAAAAAAGAAAGGCGCUGUCCGUUGUACAAAAGGCAUCGGGGGGCUCUGGGUGAGACACAGGCUCAAACCCGAAAGUUGCCAGUUCCGGUUCCUCCAAAAUCUGUUACUUCUUUGAUGAUGAAUAAAGAUGGCUUCCUGGGUGGAAUUUCAGUCAAUACCGGAGAGGUGUUUUGCUCCGUACCCGGCCGCUUGUCUUUGCUUAGCUCAACUUCAAAGUAUAAAGUAACUGUGGGAGAAGUUCAGAGACGCCUUUCCCCUCCAGAGUGUCUGAACGCAUCCCUCCUAGGAGGAGUACUUAGAAGAGCCAAAUCGAAAAACGGGGGGAGAUCUCUACGAGAAAGGCUAGAAAAAAUCGGUUUGAAUUUACCAGCCGGCAGGCGUAAGGCCGCAAAUGUCACUUUACUCACCUCCCUGGUGGAAGGUGAGGCCGUUCAUUUAGCUCGGGAUUUUGGGUACAUCUGUGAAACGGAGUUCCCAGCCAAAGCUGUUUCUGAGUACCUGAACAGACAGCACACGGACCCCAGCGACCUCCACUCCAGGAAAAACAUGCUGCUUGCUACAAAGCAACUUUGUAAAGAAUUUACAGAUCUCCUGGCCCAGGACAGAACGCCCAUUGGGAACAGCCGGCCCACCCCCAUUUUGGAACCGGGCAUUCAGAGCUGCUUGACUCACUUCAGCCUCAUCACCCACGGCUUUGGGGCCCCCGCUAUCUGCGCUGCCCUCACGGCCCUCCAAAACUACCUGACUGAAGCUCUCAAAGGCAUGGACAAGAUGUUCUUGAACAACAACACUGCUAACAGGCACACAUCUGGCGAAGGACCAGGUAGUAAAACUGGAGACAAGGAAGAGAAACACAGAAAAUGAGAGAGAGAGAGAGAGAGAAAGAGAGAGAGAGAGAGAGGAAAAAAUUAGAAUGAAAGAAAGGAAAAGAGAAAAAAAAGUUAAAUAAAUAAAAGGAGAAGAGAGAGAGAUAAUCUUUUAAAACAAAACCGUCUUAAUUUUAGCUUUAAAAAUACCGGAUUGGGCUUUGGAAGAAUUCUAUUAGGUAGGACAAAAUAAUAAUAAAAAUAAAAUAAAAAAAAUAAUAAUAAAAGAAAGACAAUAAUUUAAGAUCAGAGGAGCACAAUGGCGCAAGACCAGUGGUUCAGAGUCUCUUGCCAGGAACAUGUGAAGACAACCACCAGGAUUUUUUUCCCCACUUCUGUUCUUUCACAUUUUUUAAAUAAUGAUUGGGGGGGAGGGGAAUAUAAUAAUAAUUAAUAAUAAUAAUAAAAGAAAGAAAUGAAUAACUUAUUGGAAGAAAUCGGAGAAACAUUUUUGGUGUCAGUGCUUUGAUUUCUUGAGCUGCAUGGUCUGUCUUGUUAUUAUUUUUCUUUUUUAUUUUAUUCUUUUUUUGUUUUGAACAAUGUCCUGUCUCCACCUAGACUAAAACAAUCUUCCAGAGCGUUCCUUUCUGAGCAACCCCAUGGCCUCAUUCCCCUCAGCUCUUCCCACCUCAUCUCACCACCCUGGUUCUGUCUAGACUAGGAAAGGAGGGGAGCUCCCAGACCCCUCACCAAGCCAUCAACACCAGCUGCCUUCACAGCAGCGUGAACUUAACUUUAGGUGCCACCAGAAGGGACAUUCGGGGUCGCCGUGGCUCAGUUGAAUCUGCCAGCUCUGUUUUUUAAGAACUGUUUUGUGUUUUUUCCUGGUCUAGACAGACUCUCUGUUUAGAUUGGCAGCGUUUACAGGUGUGUCUGGGUGCGUGUGUGCCUCUGUGUGUGCAUCUGUGGAUGUGCACACCCGGCUCCCCAGGGGGGCAUGGGUAUCCCGUGUAUGUUUGUGGAUAUAUAUGUAUAUAUGUGGAUAUAUACAUAUAUAUAUAUCUAUAAUAUAUAUAAUAUGUGUGCGUAGCCACGCAUAUUAGUGCAUGCAAACAUACCUUUGUAAUUUAGUAAUUUUGUCUUUGGUGGUAAAAUGCCUUGUCUAUGAUGGGUUGCAAAAAUUUGGAAGUAAGGUCUGGUACAAUGUCAGCUCUAUCUGAUUUCUUAAUUUUCUGAGAUCUCCUCUUUUUCUCUAGGGAGUUUUAUAUUCCAAACUAUGCCAAUGUUUCAGUCCUUAAUUUCCUUGACUAGUGUGUGUGAGAGAGCUCCUCCCCCAUUUUUAAAGAACUGUUAACAACAACAAAAAAUGAGUGAUAUGAGUAUGUAAUUCUUUCUCAGGAGUAUGCACUAUUUUAUUUUCUUCUGUUUCCUAAAGCUUUGCCCGCUUGGCUUAUGAGCUUCUUCAAAGAGGACUAGAGAUCCCUACACAAUAUAUCAGGUACAGAGAAAAAAAAUCCACAAUUCUGAUAUUCUGAUACUUUUUAUUUUUUGCUUUUUUUGCUUUUUCAAAUCAAAGCCAGUUGUUACUGAAUUCUGUAGGUGCACUUCUUUAAAGAAGCUCAAAGGGAAUAAUUUGAACAAGAUAAAAAUAUAAGUUGAAAUCGAGGUGUACUGUUGCAAAGAGAAAAAGAGCUGUGUUGAAUGUUACGGCACUUGCUUGGCACUAGGGUUUUGUACCCAGGGAGGAAAGAGUUGCCAUGUGAGCUGGCUCCUCGUGAUGGGAGUGGGGAGGGUUUGCCAGGGAAUAUCCUGAUUUCUGAGCUCAAUCUGAGGAAAUCUGUUUCUCUUAGAAAGCUUUUUUUUUUUUUAAUGUCUUGUGACUCUUGCUUUGGAACAAGUCGGUGUGGUGAGGGGGGCACAAACUUCUCAACUCCAUUGUUUUUCUCAGUGGUUUGGUGUCCAACAGGAUAUCUUAUGCAUAUGAUUUGGGGUGGUGGGCGUGAAGGGGAAGUCUUAUUUCUUUCCUCUCUCUUUUUUUCUUUUUUCAACAUACAUUUCUCUGUCCUCUGUGGUAAAAAUAACGCUGAAGUGUAAGGAUAUGAAUUUCUGUUUGGAUUCUGCCAUGUUGGGUAAUUGCAUGUUUCUCAGUGGGGUAGGGCUGGUGCACUAACACAUCUUUUUACUUAUGUCAGAACUGGGUGUGGGUAAAACUCCUGGAGUCUCUGGCAAAAUUCCAGUAGGAUCAUGCCUCCCCCUAGGAUCCCUGUGAAAGCUGCAGGACUCAGUCCCACCAUCCCAAGCAGGCACACCUGAACUCUAAACAAGAGAGAGAGAGAGAAACCUUAGCCUUCCUUUCAUUUUGAGAUACCUUCCAAAGUGGAUAGUGAGGAAGAAAUAAUUCUGCAAUGCUCUGAGCAUCCUUUGACGAAAUACUCUCAAAACAAAAGAGCAGAUCCUCUUGUCCCCUUUAGUGUCCUUGGCUCACUGAGGUGUGGUUGCAGCUGAGGAUCUGCUCUGCUUUUCAAAUCUUCUUGCAGCCAGGUCUCAGAUCUUGUUCUCUGCUUGUGAUUUGGGCACAUGUGGCAAUAGAAAUCCAGGGAUCAUCCAGCCCCUCCCGAACUGCUUCUUGCUCAUGUACCUUUGGUUUUUCUGGGGUACUGGGAGCUCUCCUGUGAGAAAAUAGGGGAACUGAGGCAGACAGCUUUCUCCAUGGAUUGUUGGGAUGAGUUGGAGCCAGUCUUAGACCCUGGCAUGUCCCUGCCAGUGGGUUUGGUUGUGGCUGGGAUUGUCACAUCCCUGUGGAUGUCCAAGAGGAGGUCUGGUGGUCAAACCAUGGGUCCCUCACCAGCAGGGUGGGGACCUUCAGAUUGAAAAACAACAUCCCCAGUCCUCCAAAUCUUACCCCUUGCCAACCACCCCAAAAUUGGUCAGGCUUCUGGGGAAGGAGAAUCCAGGCUCCAGUGUAGGGCAUGGCCCAGCAGUGAUGCAAUAGAAAGGGAAAGAGGGAAUCUGGGCAGGAACAAAGGCCCCACCUGGGAGCACAGCUCCCUUCUCUGCCUGAUGGGAAUAUCCUGUUCAUUGGAGCAGAGCACCAAGGGUGGGAUGUCCCUUCGCCUUCCCCUUGCAAACAGGAUUUGUGAGGAGCUUGUGGGUUCAGCCCUUCAGCAUUGCCCAGCCCGGUGGGGAUUUUGGACAUUUAUCUAAUGUGGGGGGACCCCAAAUUAGAACUCAGUCUUCCACAUCCCCAGAUGCAUGAGCAGGGCCACGGGAACCUGCCCCCUGCUGCCCCAGAGCUUCCAGCUGAAGGCUUUGGGGCCGUGUUGGGAAUGGCCUCUCCUUGUGCUUGGGGGAAUGUAGGGAAUUCUCCUUUUAACUGCAGAGGACAGUGUCCCACUACAACUGUGGAUUAAUGGGGAAAGGGAGCCCUUGGACCUUCUUGGGGAAAGACUUCCAUGUGUGAGGGCCUGAUCCUGCUGCUGCUGAAACCUCCCCUAGACACAGGUUUGGUCACCUGGACCACACCUAAACCUUGAGCAGGUUGAGGGAAGAGUUUCAGUCUGUUCCUUGUGCCUUCUACCUGGAGGAGACAAACUGCAGUGCUCAGGCAAUAUAAAUCCAAAUUCCCACGGAUUGCAGUGGGAUGCCCUCCCCCCACUUGCUCCCCAAAGUGUGGAGAUAAAAUUCACGAGGUUUAUGACUUAAUGCAAUCAGACAGAAACCAGGAGAGGAGCACAUCUCUCUGUCCUUCCCCCCAGCCUAAUGCUGGUCCCAGAGGGAAUUAUUCUUUGCUUGGUGGCUCCUGUCAGUGCUGAGUACAGAGUCCCCCUAAAACCAAACUCAGCCUCCCUCUGGAAGGUAUUCUCCUGCUCCCCUCCACUUUCCCCUCCCUACUACUUCUGUUGGCUGGGCACCUCAGACGUUUAUCUGAUAAUUGAGUUAUUAAAAGAUUUGGUUUCCUCGGGAUCAUGAAUCAAUAAACAGGAGGAUUAACAAGGCAGCUUUGCUUUGUAACUCAAGGGAAAAGUUUGAGGAGAGACCAUGAAAAGUUUGUUUUCAAACCAAACAGGUGGGUUGCUGUAAAUUUUAUUUCAUUCUUAGUCUCACUUUUUUUUUUUUUUUUAAAUGACGAUUCUUUUUUUGCCUUUGGAAAGAUCUUUACUUUAGUACGCUCCCUGACUUUUUUUUUUUUUUCCUGGUUGUUAUUCACACAAGAUGUGAUGGAAACAAGAAGCCAAUUUCAUGGGAAUCCUUUUAAAACCCGAUGGUUUCUUUAAAAUCGGGUUGUGUCUUGUCCCACCUAAUAGAAAUUCUCUGUGAGAAGCUAUUUAAAGUCCCUUUGCACCCCAGACCAAUCUCUCCCCAAAUCCCCAAAUUUGCAUUUGGGGCUGGGAGGGAGCGGGGAAGGAUGGUUUUAAAACCUUUAGCUGUGCCCUAAGGGCUUAUUCCCUUCUCCCGUUCCUCUCUUUCUGACCGGUUUAUCACACAGACCUGUCCGGCUCGGUUUUAAUACAUUUCUCGGAGAAUUUGGUGCUUGUUUCAGCUGCCGUAAGCAUUUACCAGAUCGACCCAGACAACCUCCCCCUCCCCUCCGGCUUCCCUGUGUGAGAGAGACCGUAGGCUUUUUACAAAUAGUAUAUUUUCUUAUACAAAGGGAAAAAAAAGGUAAAAGAAAACAUCCCCAAACACACUGGCAAACGCCUGAACAUUUUGAGAGAGACGAAACACUGUGUGCCAGCAAGAAAUAAAGGCAAAAAAAAAAAAAAAAAA